CGCCCCCUGCAGGCCGCGGCCGGCACAGCUGCCGGAAGAGCCCGAGCCUCCUGCCACCGUGUCCGCGCCGCCGCCGCCGCCGCCGCCGCCGCCGAGCUCCGCGGGGCCCCGAGUCGCAGCCGAGCGUCCUCGGAGCCGCCCGCCGCAGCCCCGUGCCCUCCGAGCCGAGCCGCCGGGCCUCCCGCUCGGCCUGCGCCCUCAGCUCCCCGCCCGAGCCCGCCCGCACCCGCCUUCACUCUGGAGCGGCCCGGGCAGCCGCAGCAGGGGCGGCGGCGGCGCAUCGAGGAGCUCUCCAGGUCGUCCCGGGAGAGGCUGCUGCAGUCCCGGGACAGGAUGUUUUCCAAGCUCACGUCCAUCCUGCAGCACGCCGUGGAGGCGCUUGCUCCAUCUCUUCCAUUACAAGAAGACUUUGUUUAUCACUGGAAGGCAAUCACCCAUUACUACAUAGAGACUUCAGAUGAUAAAGCCCCAGUGACUGAUACAAACAUUCCGUCCCACCUGGAACAGAUGUUAGACAUACUGGUCCAAGAAGAAAAUGAACGAGAAUCUGGAGAAACAGGGCCAUGUAUGGAAUACCUGCUCCACCACAAGAUCUUGGAAACUUUAUACACCUUAGGGAAAGCCGACUGUCCUCCAGGGAUGAAGCAGCAGGUUUUACUGUUCUACACCAAGCUUCUGGGAAGAAUCCGGCAACCCCUGCUUCCACACAUCAACGUACACAGGCCUGUGCAGAAAUUAAUUCGACUAUGUGGUGAGGUCCUUGCAACACCAACGGAGAAUGAAGAGAUUCAGUUUCUCUGCAUCGUGUGUGCGAAGCUGAAACAGGAUCCCUACUUGGUUAACUUCUUUCUGGAGAACAAGUCAAGGUCGCUGACUUCCAAAGGAACCCCGAAUGUCAUCUCAGAAGAUGCCCCCAAAAGUCAGGACCCAGUGUCAGCGGACACCAGCCAGUGCCCCCAGCCUCAGGAGCUGUCAGGUGCUACGGGGGUGGGGCAUACAGAGUCAGAGGAUGAGCCCCCUCCCCAGGUGGAUGACCUGUCUGCAAGCUUGGAUGACCUCAGUGUCUCUUCAUUGCCAGAGGCUUCCGUCCUUCGGCCAAAGCAGGAUUACAACUUAGUGAAUUCUCUGUUGACCCUGACAAGGAGCCCUGAUGGCAGGAUAGCCGUGAAAGCGUGUGAGGGCUUGAUGCUCCUGGUGAGUCUGCCAGAACCUGCAGCUGCCAAGUGCCUUGCCCAGAGCACCUGCCUGUGUGAGCUGCUGACUGGCAGACUUGCCGCCCUGUACAAGGCCCUACCUCAGUCAGUGGACCCCUUAGACAUUGAAACCGUGGAGGCCGUUAACUGGGGGUUGGACUCAUAUAGUCAUAAAGAAGAUGCAUCAGCGUUCCCAGGGAAGCGAGCCUUAAUUUCAUUUCUUUCCUGGUUUGAUUAUUGUGAUCAGCUCAUCAAGGAAGCACAAAAGACUGCCGCUGUUGCUCUUGCCAAAGCCAUCCAUGAAAGGUUCUUCGUUGGUGUCAUGGAACCUCAGCUGAUGCAGACCUCUGAGAUGGGGAUUCUGACAUCCACGGCUCUGCUGCAUCGCAUUGUUCGGCAAGUGACCUCAGAUGUCCUGCUUCAGGAAAUGGUGGUCUUUAUCCUCGGAGAACAGAGGGAGCCAGAAACUCUGUCAGAAAUUAGCAGGCAUCCCCUAAGACAUAGGCUAAUCGAACAUUGUGAUCACAUAUCUGAUGAGAUAAGCAUCAUGACCCUGAGGAUGUUUGAGCAUCUCUUACAAAAACCCAAUGAGCACAUUCUUUACAACUUGGUCCUGAGGAACCUUGAAGAAAGGAACUAUACAGAGUACAAACCUGUGUGCCCAGAAGACAAGGACGCAGUGGAGAACGGGCUGAUGGCAGGAGCCGUAGAUCUGGAGGAAGAUCCAUUAUUUACUGACAUUUCACCAGAUAAUAUUCUACCAAACCAAGAAUGGAUCAGUUCACCCCAUGCCAGCCCAGACCACCCCAAAAAUGACGGCAAGACGGAAGUCCAUAAAGUCGUCAACAGUUUCCUCUGUUUAGUGCCGGAUGAAGCAAAGUCAUCCUACCAUGUGGAGGGCACUGGGUAUGACACCUACCUCAGAGACGCUCACAGGCAGUUCCGAGACUACUGUGCUGUCUGUUUACGAUGGGAGUGGCCUGGCGCCCCCAAACCUCUGGAGAAGUGUGACUUAGAAGCAACCUUUUUUGAAGGACAUUUCUUGAAAGUUUUAUUUGACAGAAUGGGAAGAAUUCUUGAUCAGCCUUACGAUGUGAAUCUGCAGGUGACCUCAGUGUUGUCCAGGCUAUCCCUCUUCCCACAUCCGCACACACAUGAGUACCUCCUGGAUCCCUAUGUGAACCUGGCCUCUGGCUGCAGAUCCCUCUUCUCUGUGAUCGUCAGGGUUGUUGGUGACCUGAUGGUUCGAAUUCAACGUAUUCAAGACUUCACCCCCAAGCUUCUCCUGGUCAGAAAGCGGCUACUGGGCUUGGAGCCCGAAGGCCCAAUUAUUGACCACAUCACGUUGCUAGAGGGUGUGAUUGUCCUUGAGGAGUUCUGUAAGGAGCUGGCAGCUAUUGCCUUUGUGAAAUACCAUGCUUCCGCCACACCAUGAGUGAUGACACCAUGCUUCUGCCGCAGUCGCCCAGGUCUCUGGGAACCCAAAUUACUGUGUACAUUUCAUCCGGAAAGACUCAGCUCCACCCAGUAACAAGAGGACAGAAAACCUUGGUAAAUGACGUAGGAAUCCAUUGCGUGACUGCUGUCGGUGAACGCACCUGAUGUCUCUCCCCCUGGCUCUGUCGUGACUCUCUGUAUAAAUUGCACGUUGUUGAAACCCGGGAUGCAACCAGAACUUCCGGAGAUAGCGUUUCCAGUGACCGAAAGCUGCAAAACUUGUGAUGUUAGGACUUUGCUGAUAUUUCUGUUAUUUUAAAAUCUUUCCAGGCAGCAGAGCAUUUUGACAUUCUCUGGGACUCAGAUGCUUAUACUGUUUUGUAUUAAUAAGCAGCAAAAAAAAAAAAAAAAAAAA